GAGGAGAAAGGGGCGGGAGGCCGAGGGGAUUGCUCCAGACCCGGCGACGACCGGGUUGUCAUGGAGCCGCGGGCCAGUGCCGGCGCAUGCGCCACCUGACCCGCAGGCUGUGCUUGGAGUGGCGACCCCGACCCCGGCCCGAGGGCAACCCAGAUGAAAGAGUCCUAGUGAACUCACUUCCAGCCCAGAAAACAUGGAGAGGAAAAACCCGUCCAGAGAGAGCCCCAGAAGACUCUCGGCCAAACUAGGCAAAGGCACAGAGAUGAAAAAAGUGGCUCGUCAGCUCGGCAUGGCAGCGGCCGAGUCAGACAAGGACUCCGGAUUUUCAGAUGGGAGUUCGGAAUGUCUGAGCUCGGCGGAGCAAAUGGAGUCCGAGGACAUGCUGAGCGCCUUAGGCUGGAGCCGGGAAGACCGGCCAAGACUGAACUCCAAGGCUGCGAGCAGUGCCUUCCCCACUCUGUCCCCCAUGGUCGUCAUGAAGAACGUGCUGGUCAAACAGGGCAGCAGCUCAUCCCAGCUCCAGUCAUGGACCGUCCAGCCCUCCUUCGAAGUGAUCUCGGCACAGCCACAGCUCCUGUUCCUUCACCCGCCUGUGCCAUCGCCUGUCAGCCCAUGUCACGCUGGCGAGAAAAGGUCCGACUCCAGGAACUACUUGCCCAUUCUGAAUUCUUACACCAAAAUAGCCCCACACCCAGGCAAAAGGGGCCUCUCCCUCAGCCCAAAAGAGAAAGAUCGUGGAACGCAGAAGAAAAUCUGUACUGAGAGACCUGGGCCGAGCCUGCCCGCCAGUGAGCCCACCAAGACAGGUGCUGUGUCAUCCAGUCCCCCGAUUGCAGCGCCCCCCAGUGCCAAGCUGGUGGAGGACUCAGCUCUGCAGGGUGUGCCCUCCCUCGUGGCAGGCGGAAGUCCACAGACUCUUCAGCCCGUGUCCAGCAGCCAUGUGGCUAAAGCUCCCAGCUUGACCUUUGCUUCCCCUGCCAGUCCUGUCUGCGCAUCAGACAGCACUCUGCAUGGGGUAGAGAGCACCUCCCCCCUGUCACCACUGUCAGCUAAUUAUAGCUCACCUUUGUGGGCCGCAGAGCACCUCUGCCGCAGCCCAGAUCUCUUCUCAGAGCAGCUGCCCAGCAAACACAGGCGCUUUCAGAACACCCUUGUAGUCCUGCACAAGUCCGGCUUGCUGGAGAUCACUUUGAAAACCAAGGAGCUGAUUCGUCAGAACCAGGCAACACAGGUGGAGCUAGACCAGCUAAAGGAGCAGACCCAGCUGUUUAUAGAGGCCGCCAAGAGCAGGGCUCCUCAGGCUUGGGCCAGGCUGCAGGCAUCGCUAACACUGGGGGCUAGUCAUGCUGGCGGUGACCUAGAAGCAUUCUCUGAUCACCCAGACAUAUAGCACAGAAGGCAGACUUUCCUGUUACUUGAGUGGUUCUUUUUAACUUUCUUGCUGUUAUCUUACUCCUGUUUCCCAAAGCUUAUGUAAGGUCUUUUCCUUCUACUCUUAAACUGUUCAACAGUUCACUUAUGAAGCCUCAUGCCAAUCCCUGGCUGCUGUCUUAACCUGUGGUCUGUGCCCAGUUUACAUAUGUCUCUGUUCCACUGAGGACCUCAGAUUCUGGGUGUCCUUGAGUCCCUUUUCCUUAGCCUGCAGGUGCUUAGGUGGGUCACGGGGCAAAGCAGAAAAGAGGAGUGUGUGGAGCUCUAGCUGUCACCUCCCACCGUCCCAGUCACUAACCCUGAUCACCUCCCACUGUCCCACUCACUAACUGAUCAGAGGUGCAGUGAUAUGGAUGAGUGUACUGAAUGACACCUGUCAAGCCAGGGAGUAGGUGACAAGGAUCCCUUCCCAGAUCUUCCCUUGAAUAUCUUAGAGAAAAAUAAGAGGUGUGGUUGCAUUCCUUAAGGCAUCAUGCCAUUUGGCCAAAACCUAAAAUGCUUUGGGCACAGGCUGGGCCUAGGGAGCAAACACUUAAUGACUUAAAGCUUUGUUUUCUUGAACUUGAAAGUCAAGGGAAAAGGGUGGUACCGUUUAACUCUGACACUUUCAUCACAAACCAGGUUUCUCUUCACUUAAACUGGUAGGCAAAAUAACUUCAGCUUUUUAAAGUAUGGAACGGAUGCAGUACCAUCUGGAGUUACAGUCGAUGAAUUGCUUUUCUGAGUUAGAGUCUGAAGAAACACAUGGUCAGUAUCUCUUGGUCAGGAGCUGGAAGAUUCCAGUAAUUUGUGCUUUUUUUCUUUCUACUUUUGAAACAAUACAACCUGUUUUAUGUGUGAAAAUCUUAAAGAUAGCUUCAUGGUGCCUGAGAGUGAGUGAGUGGUGUAAAUUAACCCUCUGCUGCCACUUUUUCUUCUUUUGUUUUACUAAAAGAGGAAAGAUGUGAUUAUUAAGCUCGAUAGAUUUGGGAUUAAAAUCAUCCUAAUAAUUUUCAUAAAAUUAUAUGAAAUAUAAGCCCACAAAGUUGGCUUCUUACCAGUUUCGCCUCCAAAGCUUUCGUGUGACGCACAGUGACCUGGAGCAAGCAGGAGCAGCGCCUUCUGUGUUUCUGCCAUGCGUUGGGUAUUGGCAGCAAGCCCAGAGGUGUGGUGGUGUGUAUGUGAUGUUCACCUGGGAAUGGAGGCUGUGAUGGGAAUUUACAGACACACAUGCUUUCAGCUUCAUCGUCAAGGUAAGCUGGAUUCUAACAGUAAAGCUUCAAACUUUUCCUCCUCUCAUUUAAAAAUAUUAUCCUCUUGAAAACCUAAAUAACAACUUCUGGAUGACCAGCUUUUACACAGGAAAAUGUUCUUGAAGUUUUACCAAGGCCAGAAAGAAGCUAAAGCUCAUAUCUGCUAGGUAGUGGUAACUCUAACGUAGUUUAAAAAUUACAAGGCUUUGGAUCGCCUCCACUUUAUUCUCAAACGUGCAUGAGUUAGGUAAGGCCGAUUUACUAGUAGAAAUAAAUAACUUGGUAAAAUCUCUAGACUCCUGAUUAACGCAGAAUUAUUACCUGCCGUUUGCUUUCUGAAAGAGUGUCAGAGAUCAGAGCCAGUGUGUCUUUAAGCAGACCCAGCUCCUUCGAGUAUUUUGUCUGGGCCUCCCCCCUCUGCCUCCCCAAGUCUGCGGUACCACAGCAGCUCUGCUCGCGCACCAUGCCAGGAAGCUUCCUUUUUGGCAGAAUGCAUUUGGCGGCAGAGCUACAGAGACAGGUGCGUUCGGAACAGCCUGGCACUAGCCGUGAGUCUUACUGAGUGUCAAAAUCUGAACACAAUUGCUGAGAACCAAAUUUAUUCCAUCCGAAAACCUUCUGGAGCUCUAAGCCUCUUGGAAUCUUCUUCCCAGAUUAAGGUUUGCAUUCCCUUCUGUCACAGUAAAAGAUGACGAAAGCCAUCGUUGAUCCUCACAGCUCUUGUCUGGCCUUAUGACUUAGUGCUGGAAGUCUCUAAGCUCUUAGCUUGGGUGCUUGUUGUCUAGUGGAGCUUGGGGUAGGCGAAGCCACGUAGGAGAGUCCAUUGAAGCUAGCAGACAUUGGGGCCAGGGGCCAUUUCAGCAAAUGGAGGAAACUUGGAGUUGACCAGAAAGACCUCUGUUGGUUGCACAAGGCUGAUGUGAUCUGGUAUGAUGUCCCGCGGCGGAGCUACUGGUUUCUGAAUGUGUGAAGCCAUUCUUAGCUCAAAUCAGUCCUUCUGGCAGAUUUUGUUGGCAAUAUUAAAAAAAAAAAAAUAGAAAAAGCUGCUGAUUGAAUUGGUUAUGGGAAUGGAGUUUAAUGACAUUGUAAUUUAUUGCUCUCAUUACUGUUUAUUGAUUAUAGUAUUGUCUGACUUUAUUGAUUCCUUCAGCAGAAGGUAACUCGUGCAUAUAUCGAAGUGUUUUUCCAGUUAUGAGUUCUUUAGGGUAGAGAUUCCUUUACCAAAUGUGAAUUCUUUUGAAGAAGUAUGAAGUUUUGUAGAAAUUGACUGUGAAAUGUCAGAUUAAAAUAAAAGACACAUACUUGAAAAUUA